UUACUCUUCCCGCUACUAGGACUGCCACCACCUUAGUAAAUGACUAAAAUAUCACUACGACGACCACUACUCCCACCAAAUCCUGUUUUCAUCCUCUUACUAAUACCCUUACCAGCCAACGACACAGGACUACAAGCACUUCACUUAGAACCCUUACCGACGCACCCCCACCACAACACCAGAGCUAUGGCCGACCUAGAACAGUGUAAAGGUAUUGGGGACCCUUUGGGUUCGGUUAAUCCCUUAAAUGCGAUUAAUACAGCCACUGGACCGGCUCAGGGGCCCUCUGUAGGGGCCAGCCCUUGUAUUUUCAUCGUACCUAAUUUGUCACAGGUCUCAAGGAGCCGAAAUAAUGCGUUAAAUGUGGAAAACUGCGGGAUUAAUAAUGGCGCAUGUGUAAACGUCGGGGUUAAUAUGCUAGAAAGAGCAGUUAUGAGCCCCGAAGAAGAACACGGUGAAGAAGUACAGAGCCAAGAACAUCAACAACAGCAAGAGAGAGGGUUUUGCGACGGCCCUAUGAGUGACGCUGAUCCUGGAUCGAAUCCUAAUGUUGACAUUGUGGAAGAUUCGGCCAUACAAGGAAUCAGUGAUAGUAUGGCUAACAAUGGGGAUCAGUAUUUCAAUGCCACGUUUAGAUCAAGUUGUCACAUGACCGAAUUUUCACCCAUGAUGAUGAGACAACGAGCUCGCCCACGCAGUACCUUUUCAGGACAGCUCCCUCAGACUGUGAAAACCUUCUUACCAGGUCGCGUCGAUGAAAAUAUAUCAGAAAACUUUGCUGCACUCAAUCUUUCUAACUCCAGUCCAAGUCACGACACAAGUGGUGCCACAAUUCGUGAUUAUGUUGGGAAGUCUCCCACAGCUCUUAAUCACAGCUCGAGUUCGCCGUCAUUCACUACAUAUUCACAAAUGACCACUAUAUCUGCUCCGUCGCCUCAUGUCACACCUGCCCUCAACAGCUCUGUAUCCAUCAUCAGUGCCACAAGCCCUUCACAAAGUCCCAGAAUCUCACCUAGCAACUCCCCGAUGUUAAUACGCAGGACAGAGUCUCCCGUCUCAUCUCUCAGACAGAAUACUGUAGGCUUAAAGUCUGCGUCGAACACGAUUCAGGAAAACGUUGGCGGAACAACCUAUUUUUAUUCUCCCGAAGAUUUUGCUCCACAAUUUCAGAGUGUUCAACAACAACAACAGCAGCCAGUUGUCCUCCCGAACUAUUCCUUCUACCCAGGAAUGCCGUCACAUAUCGCACACAUGAAAGUUAAAGCGAAUAUGCCGCAGUUUUUCUUACCAGACGAAAUUAAAAUGGAAUUGCUGAAUCGGCAUGCAUGUUCAUUAAUGCAAAUCGACCCAGCUCAACAUCCAGACAUCCCAACAGAGGUCGACAGCUAUCACCAACUCUAUCCUCUUGAGGCACCACCUGCCAACCCGCUCCAGAAGUCCUCGAUGUUCAGCUAUCCGUCAACAUGUUACAAAGCUGUAAAUACGAAGGAUUGUCUCACGUACUGCCUUAAACGAAUACAUGGUUUUCGUCUCGCUAACACAAAGUGUCUGGCUACAGUCGACCAAUGGAAGAAGCUCUAUCAUCCAAACGUCGUACAGCUCAAGGAAGUGUUCACAACUACAGCAUUCGGUGACAAUUCAUUAAUAUUCGUCUAUGAUUUUCACCCUGUUGCGGAAACCUUGAUGAUCAGGCAUUUCUCCGCAUCUUCCACAGUGAAUGGUUAUACGACAGACACAACGCGAACUUUUACCGGUAGUAAAACUUCUGGUGUCUCUAAUGGUCCACGACAGCAUGCUGGUUUACUCCCGGAAAGCCUUAUAUGGGCUUACAUUGUGCAGUUAAGUUCUGCGUUGCGGGCAAUCCAUACUGCAGGUUUGGCUUGUGGUGUAAUGGAUCCCACAAAAAUUUUGAUAUCAAGUAAAUCAAGAUUACGAAUCAACUGCAUUGGUAUUUUUGAUGUGUUAACAUUCGAUAGUAACCAGGGGAAUUAUGUCAGUCUCGUCCCUCAUUAUCAACAAGAAGAUCUCGUUGCCUUGGGUAAAGUUGUGCUUGCUUUGGCAUGCAAUUCCAUCAUGGCAAUACAGCGUGAGCAGGUUUCGAACUCGCUGGAGCUUGUGGCACGCAAUUAUUCAACAGAUUUGAAGAAUUUAAUCUUAUACCUAAUGGGAUCACAACGACGACAGCGCAGUGUUAACGAUAUAAUGCCAAUGAUUGGUGCAAGGUUUUACACACAGCUUGAUGCUGCGCAACUACGCAGUGAUGUUGUUGAGAAUGAGUUGGCAAAGGAAGUUGAAAACGGCCGCCUGUUUCGACUCCUUUGCAAGUUAGUUACGAUAUUGGAAAGACCCGAAUUCUCAAUUGAUGCUUCCUGGUCAGAAACAGGAGAUCGAUACAUGUUAAAACUCUUCCGUGACUACAUCUUCCACCAAGUUGAUGAACAUGGCACACCAUGGGUAGAUAUGGCACAUAUCGUGGACUCGUUAAACAAGCUCGAUGCAGGUGUGAUGGACAAGGUGACCUUGAUGUCCAGAGACGAACAGACGAUGUUGGUGGUAUCUUAUGCAGAGUUAAAACAGAGCUUCGAAACUGCGUUCACAGAGCUGCUGACUGCUACACAGCACACAAAUUUUGCAUAAAUAUGCUAAGAAUAUUUGGAAUAUAUUUUAAAUAUGGUGGGAUUUUAUG